GCUCAGCCCUGAGCAGGUGCGGGAGGCUGAGCACCAGUGGGUGAGAGGCGGUGACACUUAGUGACCUGCCACCAUGUCCACCAAAGUGCCCAUCUACCUGAAGCGCAGCAGCCGCAAGGGCAAGAAGGAGAAACUGCGAGACCUGCUGUCCUCAGACAUGAUCAGCCCCCCGCUUGGGGACUUCCGACACACCAUUCACAUCGGCAGUGGCGGCGGAGACGACAUGUUCGGGGACAUCUCCUUCCUGCAGGGCAAGUUCCACCUGCUGCCUGGGACGGCGGGGGACGGUGGUGACGAUGACGACGAUGAAGGCAGUGAUGCCCUGGACCUCCCCUUCCAGCUGGCACGCACGCCCACCUCGCUGUGUGCCCGGGAGCUGCCCGCCGGGCUGUCACCGCUGCUCAAGAAUGCCAUCUCCCUCCCUGUCAUCGGGGGACCCCAGGCCCUCACCCUGCCCACUACCACCACCACGCAGGCGCCUCCCAAGCCCCCUCGCCUGCACCUGGAGUCAUCGCAGCCUUCAUCACCCGACGCAGGGAGCAUGGACCUCUGGAGAAUCCCAGAGGCAGGCUCUGCCCUCAAUGGGCUGAGCCCUGAAUCAGGCUCCGACGAGCCCUUCCUGUCUCACGCCAGCUCCCUGCUGUCCCUGCAUGUGGAUCUGGGCCCCUCUAUCCUGGACGACGUUCUCCAGAUCAUGGACCAAGACCUGGACCACACGCAGCUCCCCACAUAGAACCUGAAAUGGGCCGAGUGGAGGGAGGGCCCAGCUGAUCUAAACUUGUGCCAUUUCUCAUCUGGAGCCUCCCUUGGCUCACCGCCCUCCAUUUGCCCCUCCAGCAGAGGACGCCCUGCUGGCCCCCCCCCCCCAAAGCGACCCCAGGACACAAGUCAUUGUCAUUGCCCUUUUUUCCCUCAGAGCCUUGGAUGGAAACUGCUCAGAGACACCCCCCCCCCUUUUUAUUCCUCUAUGGCGUGGUUGAGCGCCCUGAUUUGGGGGGGUGGGAAGGGGAGAGGCGGGCUUGGUCAGUUAGACCUGGAGCACACAGCUUGUGACUCAGUUUCUCUUUCUCAGUCCCACCACUAAGGGGGCUCUGGCUGCAAUAAAACGUGCUGCUGCAGGUAA